CAGUUUGCUCUGCUGGCUCUUGGGAACACUGUUUGGAACUCAGACACACGCAAUUUACAGGUGGGCUUUGUGCAAGAUAUGACUUAAAUAAGAUAAGCUGUGCUUUAAAUAGAAUAAGCUGUGCUUUAAAUAGGAUAAGCUGUGCUUUAAAUAGGAUAAGCUGUUCUUUAAAUAGGAUAAGCUGUGCUUUAAAUAGGAUAAGCUGUUCUUUAAAUAGGAUAAGCUGUGCUUUCAAUAGGAUGAGUCAAUAGCUAAUUGAUUAUACAAUGAAUGAGACCUGCCCAGUAGUGAUAAGAUCAUUGCAACAACUCUAUUGUUGACCACUCAUUGCACUGCCUACCAAAGUUGACUUGGCAGAAAAGCUUCUGAGCUGGAGAUUAUUUUGUAUGCAAAAUGUGCCCUGUACAUUUGUACAAGCCACAAUAAUAUACAGUCUUAAUCUGUGCAGGGGUUAUAGGUUUGUUUUUUAUUUGUAAAAACUCUAUUAAAGUCUUUUAUUAAAAAAUGUUUAUCCUCUUUGAAUACUUUGGUUUUUGCUCAAAAUUGCCUUUGACCACCUACACCGACUUUUGUUUGUGGUCAAUAUUUCCUUUGACCACCUGCGCCAUAUUAACUGUCAGCGUCAAAAACCCAUCUGUCAGGUGAAGCCUAAACCCUUAGUACUCUUUAGAAAUGACCAUUGACCUAUGUAAGAUGAUACCAACAAAUGACCACUGUCGAAGCACAGAGACUGAGAGAUACAUUGUGAACUGGGAACACUUAAGUUUUUCAAUUUAAAAGAAAAGUGUUUUUCUUGUUAAGUCUUGUCUGCUGAAGUAGGCAUUUCUUGUCUGCCGAAGUAGGCAUUUCUUGUCUGCCGAAGUAGGCAUUCAGCCGAGAUGUCCUUUCAGGUGUCCUAAUCUUUUUUAUUUUUCAAGCCUUAACAUACCUUGUUCCACUAUUUAUUUACAUUCACAUGUCUUGAACCCAGUUCCCCAAGUUCAAAAAUAUUAUUAAAAAAAAACAUUGUUUUGAGCAAACAUUUUAAUCUACACGUUUACACGUUGCUUUUUGCACAGCAGUUUUGGAGAUAAUGUCUUUGGUAAAAUUAUUUUCAUAUUGUUAUCCAUGGUUUCAUUUGAUUUAAAGACUGGGUGCUUAAGUAAGAGUUGUUCUGAGUGUUUUUUUAAAAAUUGUUUUCUUCAAAGACACCUAAUAAAUCUGUCAGUGUCAUAAACAUUAUCCUUAUAGUACUUACUGAGUUGCACUGACUACAUAAUUUUCCAUUAUUUAAAUUUUUUUUUUAAUGAAUAUUACUAAAGGUUGAGACCGAGGCCACUAAAAGAGCAUGCAGAGAGUUUGAAGACAUUGCGGGCAAUGAAUUGUGGGCCAAAGGAAGGUUCCAGUCUCUAGUGGACUGUGAUGCCAUCAAGCGUGGAAACGUUUUCGGGACUUUUCCGAAAAUCAGCGGGGCCAAACAGUCCAAAGCU